UACCUGCCUACACCUGCUUCCCUCCCCCACCCUUUCUCUCUCUCUCUCUCUGUUUGUCUCAUUGUGUGAGUGUAGGAAAAUGGCCGAGGCUGGUUUUUCAAAAGAUCAAGAUCGGUUCCUCUGUCCAUGGUGUCUAGAUCAACUGAAAGAUCCAGUAGCUAUUCCCUGUGGACACAAUUUCUGUAAGGUGUGUAUUAAUGACUUCUGGGAUCAGGAGGAUCUGAAGGGCAUCUACAGCUGCCCCAGGUGUAGAGAGACUUUCACUUCAAGGCCUGUUCUACGCAGGAACAACAUGCUGGCUGAAAUGGUGGAGAAACAAAAUAAGACUGAACUCCAAGCUGCUUCUCCUGCUCACUGUUACGCUGGACCUGGAGAUGUGGAGUGUGAUUCCUGCAUUGGGAGAAAACGUAAAGCUAUUAAUUCCUGUCUGGUGUGUCAGGCCUCCUAUUGUGAAGAUCAUAUUAAACCUCACUAUCAGGCACCUGCCUUUAAGAAGCACAAGUUAGUUGAAGUCUGUGCAGAGCUCCAGGAGAAGAUCUGCUCUCAGCACGACAAACCGAUCGAGAUCUUCUGUCGUACUGACCAAAGCUUCAUUUGUUACUUGUGUACAGUGGAUGAGCACAAAGACCAUGAUACUGUUGCAGCUAAAGCAGAAAGAACUGAAAAACAGUAUGAGUUAAAGGAGGAGCAGAUGACAUCCCAGCAGAGGAUCCAGGAGAAACAAAAGAAGGUGCAGGAACUGAAACAGACUGUGGACACUAUUAAGACGCGUUCACAGGCAGCAGUAGAUGAGAGUGAGAAGAUCUUUACUGAGCUGAUCAGCUCCAUGGAGAAAAAGCGCUCGGAGGUGAAGGAGUUGAUCAGAGCUCAGGAGAAAGCUGAACUGAGUCGAGCUGAACGACUCCUGAAGCAACUGGAGCAGGAGAUUGCUGAUCUUAAGAAGAGAGUCACUGAGCUGGAGCAGCUUUCACACACACUCGAUCACAUCCACUUCCUCCAGAGAUUCCCGUCUCUCUGUGUUUCUCUUGGAUCUGAGGACUCAUCCAGCUUCACUGUCAAUCAACAUCUCACAUUUGAUGGAGUGAGGAAAUCUCUCUCAGAUCUGAAAAAACAAGUCAAGGAAAUCUGUGUGCAGAAAUUCAAUACAAUCCAUCCACAAGCUGCAGCAGUUCAGACGAUUUCACCCUCAGAACCAAAGAGCAGAGAAGAUUUUCUGCAAUAUUUCUAUUAUCUGACUCUGGAUCCAAACACAGCAUAUUGUAAAUUCAUUCUGGCUGAGAAGAACAGAGCACUGACGUGCAGUGGGACUGAUCAACGAUACCCUGAUCAUCCAGAGAGAUUUGACUACUGGGAUCAGGUGUUGUGUAAGGAGAGUGUAUGUGGACGCUGUUACUGGGAGGUGGAGUGGAGCGGUUUUGGUGUGUACAUAUCAGUCUCAUAUAAAGAGAUCAGCAGGAAAGGGCGGGGUAAAGGGUGUAUGUUUGGACGCAAUGGUCAGUCCUGGAGUCUGCACUGUUCUUCUUCCUCUGUCUCUUUCUGGCACAACAACAUUGAGACUGUGCUCCGCGAUUCAGUAUCCUCCAGAAUAGGAGUGUAUGUGGAUCACAGUGCAGGAACUCUGUCCUUCUACAGCAUCUCUGACACGAUGAGGCUCCUCCACAGAGUCCACACCACAUUCACUAAGCCUCUAUACGCUGGUUUCAGUGUAUUCUAUAAUUCAAUUGUAAAGUUUUGUAUUAAACAGGAGCUGGUGGAGGAAUAUGAACAGGUAAAAAGCAUUAUAAAAACUCUGGAGAGUUUCAAGAUGGAUAAGCCUGUCGAUCUUCCCAGUUCUCGACCGGAGGACUACAUGAGGGACCCUGCUGUGUGGCCACCUCCCACCCCUGCAGAACACAGACCACCUGCUCAGGUGAAGAGGCCAAACACUGGUGUGAAGGCCCAGCGUAAGGACUGUCCUGGCAUCCAGCACCGUGGCGCUGCAGGAAAGGGACAGCCAAAUUCUAGAUCAGACAGACCUUCUGGCCGUGACCUGCGCAAUCCUAAAGUUAAAGAAGAGAAGGGUAAGAAUGCCCAGGAGGGGGCAACAGAAGGAGAGUUAAAGAAAUUUGAUGAUACUGGUUACGACAGUGACUUGGUUAACGCUUUGGAGAGAGACAUCGUGUCAAGAAAUCCUAAUAUCCACUGGAACGAUAUAGCAGACCUGGAGGAUGCCAAGAAACUUCUGCGGGAAGCUGUAGUUUUGCCAAUGUGGAUGCCAGAUUUCUUCAAAGGCAUCCGGCGCCCAUGGAAGGGUGUGUUGAUGGUUGGACCUCCAGGUACAGGCAAGACCAUGCUGGCUAAAGCUGUAGCUACCGAGUGUGGUACCACUUUCUUCAACAUAUCAUCCUCCACACUUACCUCCAAGUACCGGGGAGAGUCAGAGAAACUUGUUCGGCUGCUCUUCGAAAUGGCUCGAUUUUAUGCCCCCACCACUAUAUUCAUUGAUGAAAUCGACUCUAUCUGCGGGAGACGCGGCACAUCAGAUGAACACGAGGCAAGUCGCAGAGUGAAGUCUGAGCUUUUGGUGCAGAUGGAUGGUGUAGGAGGUGCGACAGAAAAUGAUGACCCCUCUAAAAUGGUGAUGGUUCUGGCUGCAACAAACUUUCCAUGGGACAUAGACGAAGCCCUGAGGAGGAGGCUGGAAAAGAGGAUCUAUAUUCCUCUGCCCACUGUAAAAGGGCGAGCGGAUCUGCUCAGGAUUAGCCUGAGGGAGGUGGACGUGUAUCCUGAUGUUGACUUGGACAUCAUUGCUGAGAAGAUGGAGGACUACUCUGGGGCUGACAUAACCAACAUUUGCAGAGAUGCAUCCAUGAUGGCAAUGCGUCGGAGGAUUCAAGGCUUGAGCCCGGAGGAGAUUCGAGCGCUGUCCAAAGACGAUCUGCAGAUGCCGGUCACUAUGGAGGACUUUGAAAUCGCACUCAAGAAGAUCUCUAAGUCUGUUUCUGCUGGCGACCUGAAAAAAUAUGAGGCCUGGAUGAGUGAAUUUGGCUCUGCUCCUGCCUUCAAGAAGCACAAGUUAGUUGAAACCUGUGCAGAGCUCCAGGAGAAGAUCUGCUCUCAGCAUGACAAACUGAUCGAGAUCUACUGUCGUACUAACGAAAGCUUCAUCUGUUACUCGUGCACAAUGGACAUGGAUGAACAUCAAGGCUACAAUGUGGUUUCAAAUAACGCAGAAAGAACUGAAAAACAGAAUGAGAUAAAGGAGGAGCAGAUGAAAUCCCAGCAGAGGAUCCAGGAGAAGCAGAAGAAAUUGAAGGAGCUGAAACAGACUGUGGACACUAUUAAGUUGCGUUCACAGGCAGCAGUAGAUGAGAGUGAGAAGAUCUUUACUGAACUGAUCAGCUCCAUGGAGAAAAAGCGCUCGGAGGUGAAGGAGUUGAUCAGAGCUCAGGAGAAAGCUGAACUGAGUCGAGCUGAACGACUCCUGAAGCAACUUGAGCAGGAGAUUGCUGAUCUUAAGAGGAGAGUCACUGAGCUGGAGCAGCUUUCACACACACACAUCCACUUCCUCCAGAGUUUCCCGUCUCUCUGUGUUUCUCCUGGAUCUGAGGACUCACCCAGCUUCACUGUCAGUCAACAUCUUUCAUUUAAUGGAGUGAGGAAACCUCUCUCAGAUCUGAAAAAACAAGCCAAGCAAAUCGAUGCAGAAAUUCAGAUGAUUUUACCCUCAGAACUGAAGAGCAGAGAAGAUUUUCUGCAAUAUUUCUGUUAUCUGACUUUGGAUCCCAACACAGCACAUCCUUACCUCAUUCUGUCUGAGGAGAACAGAGCGGUGACAUGCAGUGAGACAGAUCAGCCAUACUCUGAAUAUCCAGAGAGAUUUGACUUCUGGGAGCAGGUGUUGUGUAAGGAGAGUGUGUGUAGACGCCGAUACUGGGAGGUGGAGUGGAGCGGUGAGAGCUGGGUGUACAUAUCAGUCUCAUAUAAAGAGAUUAGCAGGAAAGGGCAGAGUAAUGAAUGUGGGUUUGGACGCAACAGUCAGUCCUGGAGUCUGCAGUGUUCUUCUUCCUCUGUCUCUUUCUGGCACAAUGACAUUAAGACAGUGCUCGAAGGUCCAGCGUCCUCCAGAAUAGGAGUGUAUGUGGAUCACAGUGCAGGAACUCUGUCCUUCUACAGCGUCUCUGACACGAUGAAGCUCCUCCACAGUGUCCACACCACAUUCACUCAGCCUCUAUACGCUGGAUUCUAUAUUUGGAGAUACGAUUCGACUGUGAGGUUAUGUGAUCCAAAAUGAAAUGUUUAAAAUGUAAAAGUGUUUAAUAGAAUUAUAACUGAGGUGUCAGAUUUCAUUUCUCCCCGAAUUAGAAUGGCAAUUCUGUGUGCACGAGCUGUAAUGCUAACUAUUAUUUUCUAAUGCAUCUAUUCUAUUCAUGUAUGUAAUGUAAUAAUUCACAGAAACAAUCUCUAAAUGCAGAAUGUUUCUAGAAAAGAAAAAAAACAA